GCGGCGGCUCUCUGUUCUUCUUCUACCUCUGUUCCCUUCCUCUUCCAUUCCUCUUGUAAUCACUGCUAAGACAAGAAUCCUUGUGUGAGUGCUAUAGAUCGUGUGAUACAUAUAUCUGGUACCUAACAUUUCGUAUUCAGAGCCAGUCCACCAUCUUUCCUGCCUCAAUUUUUUUUCCUCAAUCACCACCUUAAACCUGUUCGAUCAAAUAUUUAGCCACCAAAUGUCCUCAGAUCAGGUUCUCAGCUUGGUCGUGGAGCAAGCAAUUUACCCUAUCACUACUGAUGUAGUGUAUUCCCUCUUCGCUCCCUUUGAUGUAGAGCAGUUGGUGGUGUAUCCCCAAACAAAAUCGGAGGAAGGAGAGCCUUGUGUAGCGGCGGAUGUCCGAUUCACUUCGGCGCACGCAGCAGCUCACGCGUUCGCGUACUGGGAUGGCCGCUGCAUCUACUACCGAUGUUGUCGCCUGCAAAUGUGGUACGCUACACUCGACGUGUUGCCGGCCCCGGCUUCUCCUUCACCAGCCGUUGUCAAGGACAACCGCGACACUGCCGCGCGUUCGGCCCCGAGCCCGUGGUCGACCUCAACAACUCCACCGUGGCUAUCUCUGGUCACGACGACGAGUCCGUCGGGGCCAUCAGCACGCCACCUCACGUCCACGAUACAUCCCCCAAGUCUUCCCUCGACAGCGGCCACGUCCCCAUCGUGGGCACGGCCGAGUACACAUUGAUGGCGGCAAUUCCAGAAGUUGUCACUGAGCUCGCCACCUUCCCCGGCGUCCCCUUCACCACCAAGGCCCAGGAGGUCUUCGAGGUCCUCCAUGACACGUCCUCUGCCUGCAUCAAGUUUGCGCCUAUAACAUGUUCGACGGAAUGCUCGCAGCAGGUUGCCACCACCGACUUUGGCAACAAAGGACGUGACGCCCCUACUGCCAUCUUCCUUGAGCACGCGGUCGACCUCAAGGACAUCACGCCCAACCCUCCAAUGGCCGAACCGGAAGACCAGAAGGAGUACCAGGCUGUUGACAUCACCAUCGAUGUCAAACUUGCCACCCCUGUACCUCCGAUGCUCUCGAGGUACAACCCUGGCAUUGCCAACAACUACGCUGACGUUGCUGAUGCAUCCCUGAUUUUGUGGGUCACACGCCCGGCGCAAUCGGUGCCUUCGGUUGCCCUCGUCCACGGUGACGACCGGGUGCAGCCAACUGCAUGCACAGAGCAUCGACCACAUGGCGUUCAUCUUGUUGUUGAGAGCAAAGGCUCGCUCCUGCCACCAUUGCGGAAGGAAACUGAACCACAGCCAUGGCCGCCUCCCAUUCAAGUGCAAAUUGCAGGGAACAAUGAUAUUCAGGUACUUGGCAUAGCCACGACUGAUGAUGUUGGCUAUGUGUGGUGGCCACCUGACUAUCAACCAAGGUUAUGGAGCGAAUUGCAAAAAUGGCUACUUUCCAUACUGAGAUGAGUGCAGUUGUUACAACUCUGAAUCUACAGUUAAAGGGUCAGGUGCUACGCCCAAUGUCGUGUCCGUCGUUCGAGUGUCAUUCGGAAUCAGCCUGUUUACGAGCUGCUUUGGCAAACUUUUGGUUCGCGUUCUGUUCUACUGGGAACUCUUGGAGUUAUUGGCAAAAUGAACAUAUACAACAGUGGCGUCCACCUGAUGAAGCAGAGCUGAGGAGCAUGAUUCUAAGUUUCUUGUUUCCUAUGGAUGUGUCUCAUAUGCAGAGCAGUUGGUUCCAUAAGCAGUCUCCUUAUUCUCUUCAACUUGGGAAGUUACAGAAAUUCAUAGAGACAUCAUGUGACCUGAAGCCAUGGCCUUCCUUUGUAGUACGUCCAGAUGGAUGGUCGUUUAGACUUACAUGGUCACCAACUCAAGAUCUUAUGCCAUGGAAUAAUUCUUUACACUCGUUAUGAAUCCUCAGUGGACCAUUCCAUGGCCUCUCGGUUCCCAUUUCCCUAUAUCAAGUCUUCAACCUCAGUCAACAUGUGUCAGUUUAUUGGUGCAGCAGUUGGGUGACAAUGGAAGCCUCUUAUCCAAAGUGGCAUUCCCAACUACCAACAUGGUGUUUCUGCCAGGGGACUCGACAGUGCAGCUCAGGCAAUCUCCAAGUGGUAAGCUGGCACAUGCCAAAUGCGGAUCUGAUUAUAUGGUGAGCACUCGUUCAAUGGCCCAGUUUCAAUAUCGCUCUAGCUCAGUAUUGCUAAUUUUUGAGCAAUUUGACUGGCAAAUCGCGUGGCUGCCAUUCCCUCGAGCUGGGUUUCUCAUGUUUGGGCGCUUUAGCAGGGCUUGCACAUUGCAGCGACCAUUCUUACUGUCACCCACAAUAUGGAACUUUACUGUUCUUGGUAGUUCUUGGGGUACACGUAUAGUUACAUGUCAUCUGCUGUUGUUUCCUUGGGAUCCAUGUAACAAUCUACAAUUUGUUGGUAUGAGUCACCUUGUGACAAGCAGAGCCACCUUCUGUAUGCUAUUGUUGCUGCCAUGGGAUCCCGGCAAUGACACAUGUUGUUCGCUUGAUGGUGCUACACUUCGUUGGCGUAUUGCAUGGGACCUGGGUGACCUACCAGUUCUGAUCGAUGCUCUACGAAUACUGCAGUACCUAGUUGUUCAGCAAACAGUGUUGAUAUCAGGGGAUCUAGGUGAUAUGGUUCUUGUGUUGGUCCAGUUUGUUGCACAUAGUUGGUGCUUCCUCAGCUUACUUCUCCCAGAUCCGUUGAGGUAUGGGAUUAGCAUCACAAAACUGAACAAAGUCUGGGAUCUGGGUAGCUUGGGACUGCAGCCGUCCGAAGUGAUAUUUUUUAUGCGGCUUAUGAUGCCAUGGAAUUUUAGAAGUCCUGCUACCUAUGGCUGGCAUGCAAUGAACUCUAGUCCUGAAGAUGGUCCUCAAGCCAUUAUCGUGGGGCGACAAUUCAGUUAUGGGCUGCUCUCACUUGAUGACUUGUAUCUAUUCCAGGACCAUUAUUGCAAGUCUCCUUGCUACACGUCUGAGGCGUUCAAAUCUGAGGGAGUACAAGGCAAUGAACAUUGUGCAGUAAAGUUAGUUCUGCCAGCACUUUCUUCUUGUGAGCAAUGGGAUCCAGGAGGAUUGAACUUUGCAAAUGUUCAAGGCAUGCAAGUACCUGCUCUACUCGGCUUGCUUAUUGCACUAUGCAUAUGCUCAGGUUGGUGUUUACAAGGAAACACUCCUAUGAAAUCAGCGGAGAAACGGCACCGGCUUGGGGGCAAGCCGAUUGUUAAGGGGGAGGGGAUGUCAGCAUCCCUGCUACCAUGUGCCGGCUAUGGGCUAGGCCCAGCUACCUUGCCGUCGGAGGAGCAGCUACAGCUGCAACUACUAAAAAUAGCAGGACCCAAGCGCUGGACGAGGUAUCCGCGUAGGAUCACGAACCCGGCGGCGGCGGCUCUCUGUUCUUCUUUUACCUCAGUUCCCCUUCCUCUUCCAUUCCUCUUAUAAUCAUUGCUAAGACAAGAAUCCUUGUGUGAGUGCUAUAGAUCGUGUGAUACAUAUAUUUGGUACCUAACAGAGCCCUUCCCCUUGGCAUGACCGUGCGACGAGCUGGCCCCGGGGUUGUGCUUUCCCUUGCCGAAGAAGCCACCCAUGGCGACUAGGGUCAGUGUCGGCUGGCGUGACUAGACGUGGACGGGAGUAGGGAAGAAAAGACGCAUGGACUCUGCAGCGGGAGAGUAUCCUGUGAUACGG